AUGGCGACGCUAAUCUCCUCCGCCGUGCUUCCCGCCGCCAUCUCCGCGCCCGUCCUGCCACCUCAACGAAAAAUCCGCGCGAACAGCGCCAGUUUCGCCGCGUCCCUGAGGUCGCGGGGAUCAAGUCCCCUCAGCAGCGCGUUUCAGGGCACGCCCGUGAGUCGCGCUAAGCUUCACGCGCAGCGGCAGCAGGCGGCGCACGCGGCGCGAGGCGCGACAGUGGUGGCGGCCGCGUCGCCCAAGGGGACGGGGAAGGGCACGGUGGUUAUCGAACCCGACCCGCGGAUCCCCAUCGUGCUGCUCGGUGUAUCGGGGGCUCUCUUCCUCGCGGACAAUAAACUUGCAGCCGCUCCCAUCGGCCUGCUCGGCGCGCUGCUCGCCUUCCAGACCACGCGCGUGCGCUUUGUGUUUGGGGAGGACGCACUGGAGGUGCGCAUAGGGCAGCAGCUGGACUCGUCUGGGGAGAACGUGUUUGUGGGCGGCGAGAACAAGUGGAGGUACGACACAUUCGUGAACUGGGAGUUUUGGUGGCCAGAUUUCCCCGUGCUGGUCUAUUUCAAGGAGACCCAGACUCGCCCGGAGGGGCAGGUGCACUUCUUCCCCAUCAUUGCGAACGGCAAGCAGCUGUACGAUGUGAUGGUGGAGCGCUGCGGUCCCUCCAAGCCCACACGCCCCCACACAUUCCAUCAUCCCCUUUUCCCCCUCCCCCCUUCCGCUCCUCUCAUCUCAACCAUGGCAGAACGGCAAGCAGCUGUACGAUGUGAUGGUGGAGCGCUGUGGUCCCUCCAAGGGCAGUGGCCCGUCUGCUUGAUUGAUACCCGGUUACCACGUGUGGUUGGAGUGUGA